UUGUUUAUGAUAUAAAAACGUGUUAUUAAUUGAUUUUUUCUCAUUCGCAUAAUAUCAAGUUGAAAUAAACUACUUUGUUUCUUUCUUUAUACUCAAUUGUUGUGUUGAUUUGUUCUGUUUGAUUAAUAUUUAGAUAGUUUCAUCACAUUUAUUUCAACUGUUGAUUUUAUAUUAUACGAUUCAACGAUUUGAUUUGUUUGAUUUAAGAUUUUUUGUUUGUUUGUUUGAUUUUGAUUGAUUAUGAAAGAGAUACCGACAGAGUUAGCAAACAAGUUAAAAGCUUGUAGAGCCAACAUAACAUGUCUGACGUUCCGCAAGUGGGGAAAGGAUCGUGUACUAUCGUUAAAGAAUGAAUUAGAUGAUUUACACGAGCAAUUAGUAUGCUUGCUUGAUCCGGAAGAUGAAGAAUUUCCACCUGAUUUAUACGAAAAGAUGAAUAAAUAUUCGGACAAAAUCGAAAGUUAUCUAGAAAGAUUUAGUUCCUUGAAGACGAGAUCACGUGAAGAUGUUACAAUCAAUCGGGAUGAAAAUGAUAGUUCUCAAGAGAAUGAUAUGAUCGAUGGAAACGAAAAUGAUGGAUCUGAAUAUGCUUCGGUCAAUGGUGAUAUCAAUGAUGUUUCCAAUGAAAUGGCUAAUUUGUCGUUAUCAUAUAAACCGAAAAUCCGUUUAGAACAGUUGCCAACAUUCGAUGGUAAAUUUGUUAAUUGGAAACCGUACAAAAGUAUGAUGCUUAAUUUAUUGGUUAAUAAUACGUCUAUUGAUGAAGUAAUGAAGAAAUCUUUGUUAUUGAAAACGUUGUCAAAUGAACCCGCUCGUAUAGUGGGAAUUUUAAUUGGUGAAUUAAAAAGCUUAUCGGUAAUCUGGAAAAAACUUUGUGAUAAAUAUGAUGAUCAUGAAUUGGCCAUUCUAGAAAUUAAAAAUGAAUUACGUAAAAUUCCUAGAAUUGCCAAUGAAAAUCAAACCGAAAAUUUAAAAAUGGCUAAAGAUAUUGUCGAGAAUGCCAAUUUGGCU